AGAACAUCUUGCAAAACUUCUAUGAUAGAUCGUUUAAAAAGUUCAGUCUGCUUAACAAACAGAUUACACAUUGUUAUAUCCGCGUUUUCGAAGGGGAUCGGUUUAUUCUUAUUGUGGAAACAGAUAGCCCAUGAUUUAUCAAAACAGGACUGCAUGUGAAGAUCAAAUUCAUCAAUGAGUUUAGCGAAUCGAAGAAAAAGGAUGGAGUACUGAUUUUGCUAAAAAAAAAUUAUAGAGCUUCCCCAGAAGAUUUUUAUUUGUGUUGACCUUAACAGAAAGAAUCUUACACUAAAGCCAAGCCAUCUAAACAGAAGAUUACAAAAAGGAGGACAGAAUAGAAGACACUGAAUCUCUGCAGUUAUAAUACCUCAAGAAAAUAUUAAGGAAAUUUUUGUUUUUUUUUUAAGAAUGCAAUAUCGAUAUCCAUCUCCCCACUGUAGGUUCAUAACCCGGCAAGAAAAGAAAGGUGCAAAUUCACAGCUACCUUGAUACUGGGGGUAAUUAAGGAUAUCAAAACUGUAAAGACGCCUCAGCGUAUGAAGAAAGCAUGUUUGAAAACUGUGUCUUGCAUAAAGAACAGGCUUAUAAUUUUUGGUGUGAGGAGUGCAAAGUACCGGCAUGUAAUAGAUGUGCAGAUCAUUUCAAUCAUACUGUAAUAGAUAUACAAGAAGCUGUCAAAAGAAAAAUAGCAGAAAACAAACAAACCUUCAUGAAAAUUUGCAAAAGGAUACUGCCGUUCAAUCUUUCGAUUAAGACUAGGGCUCAGGAAGAUAUAAACAGUAGUGGCGCCCUGUCGAAUGAAUUACUCGGGUACAUGCUUGAAAAAGGAAAGAGGUUAAAAAUAUUGUUGGAUAGAUAUGUUUCAAAUUAACGUGCCUUUAUAUCCAGAAAAUCCAGUAGCAUACUUCGUAAGCAAAUGGUGCUGACCAAUACGCACUUCAGAAAAUUACAAAACCUUUGCGACGAAUAUGACCAGUUAGCCAUCAAACCUGUAAAAUUCCUUCAUUUUGUGACUGGGAAACCUUUUAAAUGUCUGAAAUGUGUACCCAAACAUGUAUCAAAAUUAAAUUUAACGUCUCUUGACGAAAAUUCUAACAUAACUGAAAUAGUUCAGAUACUGGCAGAUUUCACCAUCAAAGACGAAAAUAUAAAAGUCAAGCCAGAAAAUAAAAUGCAUCAACCAAGUCUUUUUUCUUCGAUUCCUCUGAAAGACAUAAAUCGUGUAUGUCAUAUUAAUUGCGUAACUUCAAACCUGAUUUGGAUUAGUGACUAUAAAAAUAAUCUCUUGUUGAUGAGAAUUGAAGAAAACAGGAUAUCCGUAGCUCAUCGAAUUCUUGAAGACUUUGGGGGACUUGGUGUGUACACGGUGUCCACAACAGGCGACCUGAUUUAUAUUGACAAAGGGUCAGAAAUCAGGAAACUGUCUUCAGAUUGUAACACGAAAGUAAGUUUAUUUAAAAUAGGUAAUGACUGGCGACCACGGUGCAUUCAUUAUUCCCAUUUCAACAGGGACUUAGUCAUUGGAAUGUGGAAGGAAAAGAGAUGCCGAAUAGUCAGGUAUGAUAUUUCGGGUCAAGAAAUCCAAGAUUCUGAGAAUGGAAGUGCGACACUAUAUAAAUAUCCGGCUUACAUAACAGAAAACAGGAACGGUGACGUCAUCGUAGCAGAUUUGGAUAAACAGGCAGUUAUAGUAACAGAUCACAAAGGUGUCUAUCGAUUUUCCUAUGAAGGUCCACCAAAUGGACCAAAGUUGGACCCACGUGGAAUCUGUGUAGAUGUACUUGAACACAUAUUAGUGAGUGACUGGACAAGCAGUUCAGUGCAAAUAAUUGAUAAAGACGGUGUAUUUUUGCUUACAUUGCUUACUGCUAGCAGAAACAGUCCGCCAUAUGGGAUAUGUUAUGAUGAAGCAAAACAUCUUCUUUGGGUAGGCUAUGAUAACUCUAGCAAAGUGACUGUGUUUAAAUAUCUAAAUUAGACACGAUAUGGCUACAACUUUGAGUGAUUUCCAUGUAAGAUAGAUUUUUUUUUCUGUCAACUUCAUCACCAAUGCUUUAACAUAGUUUCCAUCAUCAGAUAUAGGUACGAGAGUUGUUCUGGAAGUUUACGAACCAUGUUAAUCUGUGGAACAUUAUCUUCAUUCUUUAAAUUGAGCACAUUAUCUUGUGCAAAAAUACUUUUUUUUG